AAAUUUGCCUUCAACUUCGACCACAUCAUGCCUGUUAAACGGCUAAAACUCUCAGAAGAUAGCGAUGUUGACGCGUCUGGUGCAGACCACGAACAGAGUGAUAAUGAUCUCGAAGCUGAAGCACAGCAAUCCACGACUUCUAUUUCUUCAUCGGAAGACGACAAUUCUCCAGACACGGAGGCUGAAAUUGCGGAUAAAAGAAUAACAAACCUUCACAAUUUGGUGCUACCCCUGCAAGGCCUGCUUGACACCAUUGCACCGUCGGACCUGCCGUUAUCUCUCAAACCUUCUAUCGCGCGCCAGAAAAAUGGUGCAAAGCUUGAAUUGAAGGCCCACAAAGUGAUUCAAAUAGAGAAGAAGGAAAAGGCGGACAAAGGACGCAUACGGGAUGUUAUUGGAGGUUGGGGCGGCGAGAGUGAACGCUCCUUGCGCAAGGUUGCUCAACGAGGAGUGGUGAAACUCUUUAAUACUAUUCAACAAUCACAGGUAGCGGCAGGCGUAGCUGCCGAACAGUCAAAAGGCUUGCGAGGAACAGGGAAACCUACUCUUCCAGCACCCCUGUUGGACAAGAAGCCAAAAGGAAAACAAAAGGCCAAGGACAAGGACAAUAUUAUCGGGAGAGGAAAUCCAGCAACAAUUGGGAAGGACGAUUUCUUCGACAUGAUUAGGUCAGGUGGCAUUGUCUCAAAAGUAUAGGCGGUUUGCAUCUAGUCUUCCCUACACAUACCGUAUACGAAUGAAGAUAACCGUUUCUUCAUAGUUUUCUCCCCAACGUCGGCAUGACAUCUGUUCAGAUGAUUCAUCAGGGGCUAGUAGGCUCAAAACACCUUACUCGUCGUAGCUCGCAAUGAAGGAACUUGCGUUGUAUUGGCAGUAUUAGACUGUGUACGACAGCUGGUAACGGUUCGCAUUCAAGAGCGACCAAUUACUUCGUGCAAUAUGAUACGGUCAACCCUUUUUGUGCCACGA